GCUACAAGACAAGUAUGUGUCAUGGUUCAACUAUAAACUAAUCAUAAAACUUGUUGGAAUAUUUCUACCCAAAAAUGGUUCAUUAAAGAGAACUUGGUCGUCAUAUGAAGAGAAGUUAAAGGAUUAUUUUGUAAACAGUGGUGGACUAUUGAAAGAUGCUGAUGCUGUACAGUUUGGUGUAAAAAGUGUUCCUCCUGGUACACGAGUAAUGAUUGCUAAAGUUGACAGAGAUGACUACACACUGGAUGACAUAUUCUUCUUUCGUAGAGCAAUACCAAAAAGUUUGGAUAUUCCUGAAUAUGAUCUUCACUUUAGAUCUGUUCACCUGAGUUCUCUCUGUUUGGGUUACCUCAUUUCCGAGUAUCUUUAUUCUUUAUUAUUUCCUCUAACUACAAAGCUACAGCAACAGUUAGCUAGUAUUGGUAUCACUGAACUAACAUGUGGUGAAGAUAAAUAUGAUCUAAGAGAGUUUUCAAUAGAAGAGUUUAAGCACUCAUCCACUGAUAUUGCUUGUCAAAGCGGAGAGUUAGCAUUAGUCCACAAGCUUGAAUCAUUAAACCUCUUCUCACCAGAUGACAUAACUAAGACAAGGUCUAGUAUACUACAUUAUACUUGUCGUUCUAUGAAUAUUAAAAGUGUUGAGCUUUUUAAGUAUCUUAUAAAUCGAUAUCAAUUAUCCAUUGAUGUAAAAGAUCAAUAUGGUAGGACUCCACUUCAUAUUGCUUCAUGGUUUGCUUCAUCAUCAGUUGUUGAGUAUAUUGUUAGUAUUCAAGGUAACGAAGCAUUAUUUGUUAAUGAUAAUAAUGAUGACAAAGGUUGGAAUGUUAUUCAUUUUUCAUCAUUAAAAGGUCACAAUCACUUUAUCAAGCAUAUCACCAGUCAAUAUCCUCAAUACAUUAGUUUACUACACUCUACUGACAAUGAAGGUCAAGUACCAUUGCAUUUAGCCUGUGAGAGUGGUAAUAUUCAAGUGGUCACAUUUCUAAUAAAUGAUAUGAAAUGUGAUGUCAAUGCUAAGAUGAGACGUGAUCAAGGAUGUGUCACAUUUGCCUGUUUCUCAGGUAAUCUUGAUCUAGUACAAUUACUAAUACAACAGUAUAAGCUUGAGCCUUUAGCUACUGAUAAAUAUGGUUUUACAGGAUUGCAUGCAGUGGCACAGACUGAACAUACUCAUAUACUGGAAUUGUACAGUCAGGAGUAUAGUGUGGAUAUUACUAAUCACACUAGCAAUAACAAGUACACACUAGCUCAUUCAGCUGCUUAUAAAGGUAAGCUACAUUGUCUACAGGAACUGAUCAACAAGUAUCGGUGUGAUAUUAAUGCCACUACUACUGAUACUGGUAGUACAGUUCUUCAUAAAGCAUGUGAAGGAGGUCAUGUUCCAGUUGUACUUUAUCUCACUAGUCUUCCUCAGUGUAAUGUAGCAGCUAAGACUUCAAAUGGAUCAACAGUUCUUCACAUUACCUGUGAGUACAGUGACUCUCUUCCUAUACUCAAACAUCUGGUAGAGAAUCAUCAGUUAGAUCUGUGUGUUGUGAAUGAUGAGGGAAUGGUUCCUAUUCACUUAGCAUGUAGUAAUGGGAUAUUGAACUUGAUUCAGUACCUUAUAAAAUACACACCAUCGUCACUUGAACUACCUCACAGUAAAAAUGGUCAUACUCCAUUUCUUAUUGCAGUGUACUUUAAUCAGUUAGAAGUUAUUGAAUAUUUUAUUAGUAAGAAGUGUAAUUUAUUAGCUACUGAUGACGAAGGUUCUGGAGCAGUUCACAUAUCAGUAGAGAGGGGCCACUUGAAUGUAUUGAAGUAUCUCAUUGAUAAUAAUUAUUGUAAUCCUAAUGCAACCAAUCAUCAAGACCGUACACCACUACAUGUUGCUGUAGCAGCUAAUAAAUUAGAAAUAUUAGAAUAUUUACUGAGUAAGAGUAUACCCUCAAUGAGUGUUGUCUGGUUACGUGAGAUAAAGUGUUUAUUAGACAGUCCUCAUGACAUAUACAAUAAUCCACAUAAUGCUGUACAUAUUAAUGUACAAGAUAAAGAUGGUAAUACACCAUUACAUGUAGCCUGUCAACGUGGACAACAGAAUAUGAUAUCACCAUUACUGAAAGCCAGUCUAUCUAACAAUUACUUAUUAAUUACUAACAAGAAAGGACAGACACCAUUACACUUAGCAGCUGCCUCUGGUCAUAAGGAUACUGCUGAAGCUUUACUGUUCUCAGUCACUGGUAGUUCUACUCAUCGUGAUCUCCUUACAGCUACUGAUAAUGGAGGAUCCUCUGUAUUGCAUACAACUUGCAGUAAUGGCCAUAUUGAAAUGUUUUGUUGUAUAUCUAGUAUUUAUCCUCUAGGUGUUAAUGUAAUGGAUAAUAGAGGACGUGGUUUACUUCAUGCAGCAUGUGAGGGAGGAGAUAUUGGAAUAGUAAGAACAUUAAUUAAAACACAUGGACUGGAUCCUUUAGCAGAAGAUGAAGAUGGCAUCACCUGCUUACACUUACUAGCAGAGAGAAAGAGAGUUUAUAUAUACCAGUAUUUGGAACUAAACAUUGUCUCUAAUCCAGUACCUAAAGACAAGUCUGGUCGUACUCCUCUUUAUUAUGCUUCUCGUUCUGAUAAUAUUCGUAUGGUACGUUAUCUCAUAGAGACCUUCCCAUGUACUCCUGAUGAUCCUGAUAAUAAUGGAUACACUUCAGUUCAUGGAGCAUGUGAAGCUGGUAGCAUGGAGUUAGUACAAUACUUUCUAACUGAUCUCAAUUGUAAUGCACUAGCUGAAACUGAUGAUUGUAAAACCAUGCUUUAUUUCGCUAGUAAGAAUUCUAAUUUAGAACUUGUUCGGUUCUUAGUUAACGCAUUCAAUUUAAAACCUCGUCCACAUGAUAUUGAAAUAGCUCAAUCAGUUAAUCCUGAUUCAUCAGUAGUUAAAUAUCUUCAAGAGAUACAUUAUGAUUUAUUUCUUUUAGAACAAAGCAAAGGGAGUGGAUAUCAUGAGAAACUUGAAGGACAACAGGUUGACCCACCAGGACAAGAUAUUGUAUCUUAAACACAACCUUAUCACCAUUUUACCACCUUAUCAGCCCAUUGUUUGUAACCUAUCACCAUAUUACCAAUACACCAUCUUACCACAGCACCAUAUGUAACCUAUUGCCAUUACACCAUCAUACCUAUCCUACCACCUUGCCUAACACGACUUUAGAAUAUUGUCAUCACCAUUACACCAUAUACCCACAAUAGUUACCAAUAUCACCAAUCCUAUCAUCUUACCAUUGCACCUAUCACCAUCCCACCACCUUACAUAACAUUGUAUCACCGUUGUACUAUUACACCAUACACCAAUGGCUACCAAUAUUACCUAUACAAUACUUCUGUAAUCUCUAAACUUGUAUCACCAUUAAUCUUAACACCUUCAUGCUAAUUUUG